AUGACUUACUCUCAUGAGAAAUACCAAGCUAACAAAGAGCGCAUCAAAGCAGCUCAAAAGCGAUACUACCUGAAGACGAGAGAAACUCGUAUCGCUAAGCAGAAGGAGUACGAUGACAAGAAUCAUGAGCAAAUUCGUACCCAAAAGCGUAAAUCAUACGCGGCGAAGAAACAAAGCGAACCUAAUCAAACCGAAAGCGAACCUAAGAGUGAAACCGAACUUAGCUAA